AGAACACCAAAUAAAUAUCUCGAUUUUCUAUUUGUAGUCGUGUUGGUAAUGCUAUGAUAUUAGUUUUAUUCAAAUGUGAAGUGUAUUUUUGGAAAUUAUUUCUCCAAAUAAAACUAAAACCAUUGCUAUCAUGUAUAAGUCGAUCAAUAUAAGAAAAAAAACAUGAAUACGAGUCCUGAUAAAUUAAGGAAGCAAGCCUUUAUUCAAUAGUGAUUGGCUGUGUCCAGUGCGCAAGACCGCUUAAUACCAGCCGGAUUAAAUACGAGCUUAGAUUGGGGCUUAGUUUUAUUUUGAAAUCAAGAUACUUCUGGAUAAAAAAGCACAAGCUGCACAGCAUAAUUGUUUUUCUUCACUUGAAAAUGGCUACGGAGGAAGUAAACACUUUGACGACGGUUCCAAGAACGUACGAUGACAUCGAUGAAGUCGUGAAUGACAUAAACGUGAACGACAACGAAAAGGACGAGGAUUCGUGCCAAGAGUAUGAAAGUGACGUCAGCUCGUGUGCUGGCAGGUCUACAAGUGACGAGUGCGAGAGAGUUGUCCAGGACAUGACACCUACUGUCACCCAGUCUGCCGAUAGCCUUAGCACGGACGCCAAGGAAACUGACUUCUUGUAUAAGAUGGUGGACCUCAUUUUCAGGGAGGCCAUUGUGGAUGAGACGCAGAGUAACAACAGGCCAGUGUGCAGCUUCCUUUCGCCGGAGGAGCUGUGCGCGAGUCUCACGGAACUUAGCAUCGGUCAGGAGGGCAGCGAUGCGAACAAACUCAUCGAUUUUGCCGAGAAAGUCAUCAAGAACAGCGUGAAGACCGCCCAUCCACGGUUUUUCAACCAGUUAUAUGGCGGACUCAGCAAGUAUUCCAUUGCCGGGGCUUGGUGCGCCGAGGUCCUCAACUCCAGCAUGUACACGUACGAGGUGGCUCCCGUGUUCACGAUAAUGGAGCGGGAAAUAUACACCAAGAUGUUGGGACUUGCUGGGUUUCGGGGUGGGGACGCCAUCUUCGCUCCCGGUGGCUCCAUCUCAAAUAUGUACGCUGUAAACAUCGCAAGACACCACAAGUUACCUCAGAUCAAAACCAAGGGCGUUUUCAGCGUCAAGAAACCCAUCUGCAUUUUCGCAAGUGACCAGUGCCACUACUCUGUCCAGAAGGCGGCGGCGGCCCUCGGUAUUGGCUCCGACAAUGUCAUUUCCGUCGGCAGCGACAACAAAGGCCGUAUGCUUGUGAGCAAACUGGAAAUGGAAAUAGAAAAGUCCGUUCUUGAGGGCUUGGAGCCAUUUAUGGUGGUUGCGACGGCAGGAACCACUGUGUACGGCGCCUACGACCCGAUAGCCGACAUUUCCGUGGUCUGUAAGAAGUACGGCAUCUGGUUGCACGUAGACGGCGCCUGGGGCGGCAGCGUUCUGCUCUCUAAAACGCACCGACACUUAAUGGAAGGAAUUGAGAAAGCGGACUCAUUGACGUGGAACGCACACAAACAGAUGGGUGUAGGUCAGCAAUGCUCCGUGUUUCUCACCAAACAUAAGGGCCUCCUGAUGUCCUGUCACUCUGCCAGCGCCAAGUACCUCUUCCAGUCAGAUAAACAUUAUGACGUCAGCUAUGACACCGGGGACAUGUCGCUGCAGUGUGGCCGGAAGAACGACGUCUUUAAACUCUGGCUCACGUGGAAGGCUGUCGGAGAGGUCGGAAUGGAGAAAAACGUCGACCACAUGUUUGCGCUAUCGAGGCACCUAGCGACAAAGCUUAAACAGACAGAUGGCUUUCGUCUCAUUAUGGAGCCCAUGUGCACGAACGUUUGCUUCUGGUACAUUCCACCGAGCAUGCGUGACAUACCGGAGACUCCCGAAUGGUGGCAGUCGCUAGGCAAAGUCACGGCCACAAUUAAGAAACUCAUGGUGAAGGCGGGGUCCAUGAUGAUCACGUACAACCCCGAGGGUAGCCGAGUGAACUUCUUCCGGAUGGUGUGCACGAACAAAGACACUACAUUUUCUGACAUGGAUUUUGUCGUUGACGAAAUAGCCGCCCUUGGCGCUCUCUUAUAGAGAACACCACGUCCGUUCUGUGUUAUGUUCCUAUUGCUUUUGACUAUUUAUUCAACUCAACUCAACUCAUCUCAAUAUUAUUUUAUUAUCGAUAAAUCCUCAACUUACAAGAACGAUUGAAGCGCUUAGCUUCUCUUACUCUAAGUUCAACCAUAACCAUACGUUUUUGCUAUAUGAAACAACAGAGCAAAUAACUUGUCAAAAUUUUAUUUUGUUUUAUUUACAUUUAAAGUUUGGAUUUAAUGGCGAGGCUCCAUGUUAUUUACACAAGCACGAAUUCACAAGCAUGAACAGCGAACGAAGCAAUCUGGUCACCUGCCAACUUGGCGUAUUACUGGCGACCACCCCAAAGGGCAAAGCAGCAGUUUUGAAUAGCCCCCACUGGGCUUUACGAGUUUGAUUAUGAAAUAAACUUAAGUAUUUGAACGUGAAUUCCGUCAAGGUGUACUAUGGCCGGAACUCACAAAUUAGCAUUUUAAC